UCUUGACCUGGUGACUUGCACGGAUAUAUCGUCUGGUGAAUGUAACUUCAUGCAAUAAUUCUAAAACAGGAUUGCAACGAAUCUUUAUAAAUAGAAAAACACUGCAUCAACAAUGUCCACCAGGAUACUCUUUUCAACGAUAAGAAGAUGUCACUGGUUGAACAAGGGAUUUACAGCUGUCCCAGUGAGAUACUAUGGAGAUAUUCCAAAAAUAUAUCGCCCGUAUGGAAAAACAGGUGACGGAAAUUAUGGAUCAACCCUCGGAAAACAAAAUGUUGGAUACGUCGAACCAGUACGAGAACAGAUUCUCAGUUUGGCCAAAACAAUUCCUUUCACUGACAAGGACUCGGUCUUCAACAUUGCCGACUAUGGUGCAGCUGAUGGUUCUACUGCCAUGGGUAUUUUCGGUGAGUUGCUGGCAACUCUGAAAGAUCAUCAUGGUCCCAACACCCAGUUCCAGGUGAUCUAUGAAGACUUGGAAAUGAACGAUUUCAAUUCCCUCUUCAAACGUAUGUCAGGAAUCAUCCCUGAUCCGCCGUCCUACCUCCUGGAAAUGGACGAUGUCUAUUUUCUUGCUUCCGGGACAAACUUCUACAAGCAGUGUGUACCUUCAAACUCAAUGCAUUUCAUGAUGUCAAUGGCAUCUGUCCAUUGGCUGCCGAAGACUCCUAUCUUCAAAAACUCAAUUUACAAAGAUGUCAUGAGUAGUGCUGAGGAGACGACUGCGCUAAACAAGCAAGCCGAGUUGGACUGGGAGACCUUUUUACUGAGAAGAAGUAGAGAACUGAAACGGGGAGGCUUACUUGUCGUAGGUACCUGCGCUGAAUUUGAGGACAGAAACACUGGAGAAAAUAGAUACAUGCUGCAAUCGUUUGUAGGUCUACUGAACGAGGUAUGGAAAAAAUACAGUUUAACUGGUAAAAUCACCAAAGAUGAGUUCAUAAAUACAAAUUUGUCCAUCUGUCUUCCUAACAUGGUGCAGGUCAGAAAACCAUUCGAUGACAAAACGUCACCAGUUUCAAGGUCAGGAUUAAGUCUCUUGUCAGCUGAAGCUGCAGUGAACCCUGAUGUAUUUUACAACAAUUGGAGAGAGAAGAAAGACAAAGAAGGAAUUGAUGACAGGGAGGAGUUUGCCAGGAUGUACACAUCUGCUCAUAGGAACUGGGGCAACAGUACUUUCAUGAAUGGUCUCUCAGAUUCCCGAUCACUGGAGGAGAAGGAGCAGAUAGUUGAUGGGCUGUACGACGAGGUGAACAAACGUAUGUCCAGGAUGGACCCCGAAAAAUUCAAGGACGAUUUGAGAUUUAUAUAUCUCGUGAUCAGAAAAGAAUAAUAUUUCAAGAAGUUAUGUAACUGAUGCAUCCUCACAGGUAGCACAGUGGAUGCCACACAGGAGUAAUGAUGCCAUGUGACUAGGGCUGUGUUUUGGCAAAUAAAUAGUAUUGCACUAUAUUGCAAUUAAUAAUAUAAUAGUGAAUAUUUGCCAAGCGCCAGUGUACACCUACUGAUGCAUUCUCUCUGAUGCAUACCCAAUUCUGGUGACACUGAUUGUACAUUCAGAGUCUAUUUUCUACAUACUAAAAGCCCUAAUAAUAAAUGUUAUGGUUGUGAUAACAGAAAUUUCGAUUUCAGGUAUUUUCAUGGAAACCCAUGGGAUGUUUUAAAGUUUGCACUCCGGCCUUUAAUUCCAUCCUUGACUGUGAGUCUUUAUGAUUUUACGCCGCUGUUAGCAAUAUUCCAUUACAAUCGGCACUCCUCGACUUCACAAUCCAGUGAUCAAGAUCAUGAGCAUCAAUCGACGCAAUUGGGAUACGAUGACAUCUUUCAAGCACGUCAGAAGGCUGACCAAACAAUCCCGUUAGUCACCUCUUACGACAAGCCGGGUUACUGAAGAUCAAUUCUAACCCGGACCUUCACAGGUCUUAAUACCAUGAACAUGUAUCUACGUAACUACUGCGAUGACCUCAGCGUGAAUGACGACCAACACAAGGCGACUCUUAUAAUAAGUGAUCGAGUGAGUUUAGUUUUACGCCGCACUCAGCAAUAUCUGUUACAAUAACCUUGGUGCUUAAAAGAUUAAUUCUAACAAGAAUACAAAGAUACAAACAUUGGUCUGCUGUCUAUAAACAACCUGCGAACCAGUUUGUA